CCUUCGUAACAGUAAGCAACGGUCAUACCGGCACCCACAACUUCCAAUUGGAAAUGUAAAUAAAUAAAUAAAUAGGAAAAACUAGAAUAAAAAACACACAAAAAUGCUGCGUUUCGGGAUUCAAAUGUACCGGCCAGUGGCCUUAAAUAUGCAACUACUAUCUCGGAACCCGGGCAUCAAUAACAAUCAGAAAUUAGUUACUAGAAAGAUGACACAACAACGAUCACCGGUGGAUUGGACAACCAGUAUUCCCACUAAGGCGGCAAAAGACAAGGAAAAGAUUGCUCCAUUGGGAUGGUUUCUUUUGCUUAUACCCGCCACCACUUUUGGUUUGGGCUGCUGGCAAGUGAAACGAAAAAUUUGGAAGGAGCAGCUGAUAAAGGAUCUUAAUAAACAACUCAGCGCAGAACCUGUGGCUUUACCCGAUGAUCUCAGCGACCUCUCUCAAAUGGAGUAUCGGAUGGUGAAAAUUCGCGGACGUUUUCUGCACGAAAAGGAAUUGCGUAUGGGUCCGAGAUCACUUAUACGCCCUGAUGGUGUGGAAACGCAAGGAGGACUCUUCUCUCAACGAGAUUCAGGCAAUGGUUAUCUAAUUGUUACCCCAUUUCAGCUGGCAGAUAGGGACGACAUAGUCCUGGUCAAUCGAGGAUGGGUUUCCCGCAAGCAGGUGGAUCCAGAAACGCGCUCUCUGGGUCAACAGCAGUCAGAAGUAGAACUGACAGCCGUGGUGCGCAAAGGCGAAGCGCGUCCGCAGUUCACACCUGAUCACAAAGGCAAUAUCUAUCUGUAUCGCGACCUGCCACGCAUGUGCGGCGCCACAGGAGCUGCUCCGGUCUUUCUGGAUGCCAUCUACGAUGCCCAGGCGGCCAAGAAUGGUCCCAUAGGUGGCCAAACGCGAGUCACCCUGCGCAACGAUCACCUCUCCUACCUGAUCACCUGGUUCAGCCUGUCGGCAGCCACUUCCUUCCUUUGGUACAGGCAAAUAGUCAAGAGGAUACCCUUCUGAAAGAACCCUCAAUUAAACGCUUUGUUGUUAUUUUUAUAAAAUUUA